AUGGCCGACACCCUUGCACAAAAGUUCGAUGCCGCAACCGCCGCCGCUAUCCAAAAGGCCAGUGUCCUGGAAGAGAGCAAGCCAAGCCGCCUCUCUGACGAUGACACCAAGGUCACCAAGACAGCCGUAGCAGGUAUAAUGGGCUGCAAGGGGGAUCACCGCGUGCUUUCCGAGAUCGAGUUCCGGGUUCUUGUCUUUUACGCCAGCCGCCUGCAGAUGACGGACCGUGUCAACAUCCUCGCCACUCAGGCGUCAUUGAUCGUUCAACGGCGCAAGGCUGAUCAGCAGCUGCUGACAGGCAUGGACAAGGAGUUUGUCAACGGGACGACAAGCAUCACCGGGACCAAGGCAGCCAAGAUAGCCUCGGUCAUGCGAGCGAACCCAGGCUACUUUCCCGAGCCUGAAGAGCCCGACAACUGGUUCAGACUCCCACAGCUUAGCAACGGGCCCUCUCUUCCGAGCUACCAAGAUGCACGCAAGAUGGCACCGCUCAAGACGGCCCAGGAGGCCGAGGCCAUCUACACGCAGCGCCUGAGACAUCACGAAUAUCCCCUCCAGCAGUUGAUCAACAACGAUGGGAUGAUGUGGAGACUGAAAAUGGAGUGGGGACUGAAAUGA